CAUCCCAAGCAGAGCGGGAAGAAUAAUACGAUGGGGGACCAGAGCUCCCUGCCGCAGGCCGUUGAGGAUGCGCCCUUUCCGUUGACAGAGGUGGACAAGUGGGUGCUUUCGCAGACGGAUGAGGAGUUCAAGAUGCACGACUGGGAGGAUCUCAGGCAUAUCAUCGAGACAAAUGACCUUGCCGUGCUAAAGAGAAAGCCCUCGGAUCUUCGCCGCUACAUGGCCUGGACCGCAGAGAUCAAGGCGCAGUACGGCAGCAUGACCCAGUACAUCCUGCAGCACCGUCUACCAAAGUCAUGGGGCCAACCGCCAUUCACGCCUGAGUCCGAAGUUCCCUUUGCCGCAGCCUCCGACUACAAGGUGCUGCUAAACGAUUGGCCUUAUGGGCUGGCGCCGGGAAUCACGCACAUCGUUGUCUGGUCUCGCACCCCGAUUCCAACGGACCCGGAUUCGGGUGACUUGACGCCUGAGAGCAGAGCGCGGGUGGAGAGGUUCGUCAAGGAGUACAUUGUCGACGCGCUUGGACCGGGAGGGGAGGACCAGGUGUUGUGGUUCAAGAACUGGGUUGCCCUGCAGAGCGUGCGGACUCUGGAGCAUUUCCACGUCAUGGUUCGUGAUGUCGAUGACGAUGUGUUGGAGCGGUGGACAGGAGAGCGGCCUCGACGGGGCGAACAGUGA